AUCAAGCUGUUCGCUCGCUGUUCGACCCAACAGGAUCUACUUAAAGGAGAAAACGGGCGUGCACUUCUGUUACAAUGAGACUCCUUAUACUUUGCUUACUAGUCGCCACUGGCGCAGCGUUCACUUUGUUUGGGCCACAUAUACGCAUUGCUCCCGGGUACAAAGCGAAUGAGAUCAUAUUGCAUUUUCGCAAUCCAUGCAACAACAAGACGACCUACACUACUUUAAGGCCACCGCCAACGAAAUGCAAAUACCAUCCCACCACGCCAAAUUGUGAACAUCACGUUACUAGUCCCGAUUACUAUUCUUCAAAAGCCACCACAGCCAAACCGACCUAUCAAACCACUCUCAGCACCUUAACAGAAGAAACCGCUGAAACAACUGCUAAAACAACCAGCAUAAGCACCCAGAAGCCUUCGACUGCCAAGCCAACUAUCGGAAGCACAUCAACAGCUCAGCCGGGCACCCAGAAGACUUCGACUGCAAAGCCAACAGUUGGAAGCACAACUGCAGCUCAGCCAAGCACCCAGAAGCCUUCGACUGCAAAGCCAACAGUUGGAAGUACCUCAACAGCUCAGCCGGGCACCCAGAAGCCUUCGACUGCCAUACCAACUAUCGGAAGCACAACUGCAGCUCAGCCAAGCACCCAGAAGCCUUCGACUGCCAAGCCAACUAUCGGAAGUACCUCAACAGCUCAGCCAAGCACCCAGAAGCCUUCGACUGCCAAGCCAACAGUUGGAAGCACAACUACAGCUCAGCCAACUACCCAGAAGCCGUCGACUGCCAAGCCAACUAUCGGAAGUACCUCAACAGCUCAGCCUAGCACCCAGAAGCCCUCGACUGCCAAGCCGACAGUUGGAAGUACCUCAACAGCUCAGCCUAGCACCCAGAAGCCUUCGACUGCCAAGCCAACAGUUGGAAGCACAACUACAGCUCAGCCUAGCACCCAGAAGCCUUCGACUGCCAAGCCGACAGUUGGAAGUACCUCAACAGUUCAGCCUAGCACCCAGAAGCCUUCGACUGCCAAGCCAACUAUCGGAAGUACCUCAACAGCUCAGCCUAGCACCCAGAAGCCUUCGACUGCCAAGCCAACAGUUGGAAGCACAACUACAGCUCAGCCUAGCACCCAGAAGCCUUCGACUGCCAAGCCGACAGUUGGAAGUACCUCAACAGUUCAGCCUAGCACCCAGAAGCCUUCGACUGCCAAGCCAACUAUCGGAAGUACCUCAACAGCUCAGCCUAGCACCCAGAAGCCUUCGACUGCCAAGCCAACAGUUGGAAGCACAACUACAGCUCAGCCUAGCACCCAGAAGCCUUCGACUGCCAAGCCGACAGUUGGAAGCACAUCAACAGCUCAGCCUAGCACCCAGAAGCCCUCGACUGCCAAGCCGACAGUUGGAAGUACCUCAACAGCUCAGCCUAGCACCCAGAAGCCUUCGACUGCCAAGCCAACUAUCGGAAGUACCUCAACAGCUCAGCCGAGCACCCAGAAGCCUUCGACUGCAAAGCCGACUGUUGGAAGCACAACUGUAGCUCAGCCAAGCACCCAGAAGCCUUCGACUGCCAAGCCGACAGUUGGAAGUACCUCAACAGCUCAGCCUAGCACCCAGAAGCCUUCGACUGCCAAGCCAACAGUUGGAAGCACAACUGUAGCUCAGCCAAGCACCCAGAAGCCUUCGACUGCCAAGCCGACAGUUGGAAGUACCUCAACAGUUCAGCCUAGCACCCAGAAGCCUUCGACUGCCAAGCCAACUAUCGGAAGUACCUCAACAGUUCAGCCUAGCACCCAGAAGCCUUCGACUGCCAAGCCAACUAUCGGAAGUACCUCAACAGCUCAGCCUAGCACCCAGAAGCCUUCGACUGCCAAGCCAACAGUUGGAAGCACAACUACAGCUCAGCCUAGCACCCAGAAGCCUUCGACUGCCAAGCCGACAGUUGGAAGUACCUCAACAGCUCAGCCUAGCACCCAGAAGCCUUCGACUGCCAAGCCAACUAUCGGAAGUACCUCAACAGCUCAGCCUAGCACCCAGAAGCCUUCGACUGCCAAGCCAACAGUUGGAAGCACAACUACAGCUCAGCCAAGCACCCAGAAGCCUUCGACUGCCAAGUCGACUGCCAAGCCAACUAUCGGAAGUACCUCAACAGCUCAGCCUAGCACCCAGAAGCCUUCGACUGCCAAGCCAACUAUCGAAAGUACCUCAACAGCUCAGCCGAGUACCCAGAAGCCUUCGACUGCCAAGCCAACUAUCGGAAGUACCUCAACAGCUCAGCCGAGCACCCAGAAGCCUUCGACUGCCAAGCCAACUAUCGGAAGUACCUCAACAGCUCAGCCUAGCACCCAGAAGCCUUCGACUGCCAAGCCAACAGUUGGAAGCACAACUACAGCUCAGCCUAGCACCCAGAAGCCCUCGACUGCCAAGCCAACUAUCGGAAGUACCUCAACAGCUCAGCCUAGCACCCAGAAGCCAUCGACUGCAAAGCCAACUAUCGGAAGCACCUCAACAGCUCAGCCUAGCACCCAGAAGCCCUCGACUGCCAAGCCAACUAUCGGAAGUACCUCAACAGCUCAGCCUAGCACCCAGAAGCCUUCGACUGCCAAGCCGACAGUUGGAAGUACCUCAACAGCUCAGCCUAGCACCCAGAAGCCUUCGACUGCCAAGCCAACAGUUGGAAGCACAACUACAGCUCAGCCAAGCACCCAGAAGCCGUCGACUGCCAAGCCGACAGUUGGAAGUACCUCAACAGCUCAGCCUAGCACCCAGAAGCCUUCGACUGCCAAGCCGACAGUUGGAAGUACCUCAACAGCUCAGCCUAGCACCCAGAAGCCAUCGACUGCAAAGCCAACAGUUGGAAGCACAUCAACAGCUCAGCCUAGCACCCAGAAGCCUUCGACUGCAAAGCCGACUGUUGGAAGCACAACUGUAGCUCAGCCAAGCAGCCAGAAGCCUUCGACUGCCAAGCCGACAGUUGGAAGUACCUCAACAGCUCAGCCAAGCACCCAGAAGCCGUCGACUGCCAAGCCGACAGUUGGAAGUACCUCAACAGCUCAGCCUAGCACCCAGAAGCCUUCGACUGCCAAGCCGACAGUUGGAAGUACCUCAACAGCUCAGCCUAGCACCCAGAAGCCUUCGACUGCCAAGCCAACAGUUGGAAGCACAACUACAGCUCAGCCAAGCACCCAGAAGCCGUCGACUGCCAAGGGAAGCACAACUACAGCUCAGCCGAGCACCCAGAAGCCUUCGACUGCCAAGCCAACAGUUGGAAGCACAUCAACAGCUCAGCCUAGCACCCAGAAGCCUUCGACUGCAAAGCCGACUGUUGGAAGCACAACUGUAGCUCAGCCAAGCAGCCAGAAGCCUUCGACUGCCAAGCCGACAGUUGGAAGUACCUCAACAGCUCAGCCUAGCACCCAGAAGCCUUCGACUGCCAAGCCGACAGUUGGAAGUACCUCAACAGCUCAGCCUAGCACCCAGAAGCCUUCGACUGCCAAGCCAACUAUCGGAAGCACAACUACAGCUCAGCCAAGCACCAAGAAGCCUUCGACUGCCAAGCCAACAGUUGGAAGCACAACUACAGCUCAGCCUAGCACCCAGAAGCCUUCGACUCAGAAGCCCUCGACUGCCAAGCCGACAGUUGGAAGUACCUCAACAGCUCAGCCUAGCACCCAGAAGCCUUCGACUGCCCAGCCAACUAUCGGAAGUACCUCAACAGCUCAGCCAAGCACCCAGAAGCCCUCGACUGCCAAGCCAACAGUUGGAAGCACAUCAACAGCUCAGCCUAGCACCCAGAAGCCUUCGACUGCCAAGCCAACAGUUGGAAGCACAACUACAGCUCAGCCUAGCACCCAGAAGCCUUCGACUGCCAAGCCGACAGUUGGAAGUACCUCAACAGUUCAGCCUAGCACCCAGAAGCCUUCGACUGCCAAGCCAACUAUCGGAAGUACCUCAACAGCUCAGCCUAGCACCCAGAAGCCUUCGACUGCCAAGCCAACAGUUGGAAGCACAACUACAGCUCAGCCUAGCACCCAGAAGCCUUCGACUGCCAAGCCGACAGUUGGAAGUACCUCAACAGUUCAGCCUAGCACCCAGAAGCCUUCGACUGCCAAGCCGACAGUUGGAAGUACCUCAACAGCUCAGCCUAGCACCCAGAAGACUUCGACUGCAAAGCCGACAGUUGGAAGUACCUCAACAGCUCAGCCUAGCACCCAGAAGCCUUCGACUGCCAAGCCAACUAUCGGAAGUACCUCAACAGCUCAGCCGAGCACCCAGAAGCCUUCGACUGCAAAGCCGACAGUUGGAAGUACCUCAACAGCUCAGCCUAGCACCCAGAAGCCUUCGACUGCCAAGCCAACUAUCGGAAGUACCUCAACAGCUCAGCCUAGCACCCAGAAGCCUUCGACUGCCAAGCCGACAGUUGGAAGUACCUCAACAGCUCAGCCGAGCACCCAGAAGCCUUCGACUGCAAAGCCGACAGUUGGAAGUACCUCAACAGCUCAGCCUAGCACCCAGAAGCCUUCGACUGCCAAGCCAACUAUCGGAAGUACCUCAACAGCUCAGCCUAGCACCCAGAAGCCUUCGACUGCCAAGCCAACAGUUGGAAGCACAACUACAGCUCAGCCAAGCACCCAGAAGCCUUCGACUGUAAAGCCAACUAUCGGAAGUACCUCAACAGCUCAGCCUAGCACCCAGAAGCCUUCGACUGCCAAGCCAACAGUUGGAAGCACAACUACAGCUCAGCCAAGCACCCAGAAGCCUUCGACUGCCAAGCCAACAGUUGGAAGCACAACUACAGCUCAGCCAAGCACCCAGAAGCCCUCGACUGCCAAGCCAACUAUCGGAAGUACCUCAACAGCUCAGCCUAGCACCCAGAAGCCUUCGACUGCCAAGCCAACAGUUGGAAGCACAACUACAGCUCAGCCGAGCACCCAGAAGCCUUCGACUGCCAAGCCAACUAUCGGAAGUACCUCAACAGCUCAGCCUAGCACCCAGAAGCCUUCGACUGCCAAGCCAACUAUCGGAAGUACCUCAACAGCUCAGCCGAGCACCCAGAAGCCUUCGACUGCCAAGCCAACUAUCGGAAGUACCUCAACAGCUCAGCCUAGCACCCAGAAGCCUUCGACUGCCAAGCCAACUAUCGGAAGUACCUCAACAGCUCAGCCUAGCACCCAGAAGCCUUCGACUGCCAAGCCAACUAUCGGAAGUACCUCAACAGCUCAGCCUAGCACCCAGAAGCCUUCGACUGCCAAGCCAACAGUUGGAAGCACAACUACAGCUCAGCCGAGCACCCAGAAGCCUUCGACUGCCAAGCCAACAGUUGGAAGCACAACUACAGCUCAGCCGAGCACCCAGAAGCCGUCGACUGCCAAGCCGACAGUUGGAAGUACCUCAACAGCUCAGCCUAGCACCCAGAAGCCUUCGACUGCCAAGCCAACUAUCGGAAGUACCUCAACAGCUCAGCCGAGCACCCAGAAGCCUUCGACUGCAAAGCCGACAGUUGGAAGUACCUCAACAGCUCAGCCUAGCACCCAGAAGCCUUCGACUGCCAAGCCAACUAUCGGAAGUACCUCAACAGCUCAGCCUAGCACCCAGAAGCCUUCGACUGCCAAGCCGACAGUUGGAAGUACCUCAACUGCUCAGCCUAGCACCCAGAAGCCUUCGACUGCCAAGCCGACAGUUGGAAGUACCUCAACAGCUCAGCCUAGCACCCAGAAGCCUUCGACUGCCAAGCCAACAGUUGGAAGCACAACUACAGCUCAGCCGAGCACCCAGAAGCCUUCGACUGCCAAGCCAACAGUUGGAAGCACAACUACAGCUCAGCCGAGCACCCAGAAGCCUUCGACUGCCAAGCCAACUAUCGGCAGUUCCUCAACAGCUCAGCCUAGCACCCAGAAGCCUUCGACUGCCAAGUCGACUGCCAAGCCAACAGUUGGAAGCACAACUACAGCUCAGCCGAGCACCCAGAAGCCUUCGACUGCCAAGCCAACAGUUGGAAGCACAACUGUAGCUCAGCCGAGCACCCAGAAGCCUUCGACUGCCAAGCCAACUAUCGGAAGUACCUCAACAGCUCAGCCGAGCACCCAGAAGCCUUCGACUGCCAAGCCGACAGUUGGAAGUACCUCAACAGCUCAGCCAAGCACCCAGAAGCCUUCGACUGCCAAGCCAACUAUCGGAAGUACCUCAACAGCUCAGCCGAGCACCCAGAAGCCUUCGACUGCAAAGCCGACAGUUGGAAGCACAACUACAGCUCAGCCAAGCACCCAGAAGCCUUCGACUGCCAAGCCAACUAUCGGAAGUACCUCAACAGCUCAGCCUAGCACCCAGAAGCCUUCGACUGCCAAGCCGACAGUUGGAAGUACCUCAACAGCUCAGCCAAGCACCCAGAAGCCUUCGACUGCCAAGCCAACUAUCGGAAGUACCUCAACAGCUCAGCCUAGCACCCAGAAGCCUUCGACUGCCAAGUCGACUGCCAAGCCAACAGUUGGAAGCACAACUACAGCUCAGCCUAGCACCCAGAAGCCUUCGACUGCCAAGUCGACUGCCAAGCCGACAGUUGGAAGCACAACUACAGCUCAGCCAAGCACCCAGAAGCCUUCGACUGCCAAGCCGACAGUUGGAAGUACCUCAACAGCUCAGCCAAGCACCCAGAAGCCUUCGACUGCCAAGCCAACAGUUGGAAGCACAACUACAGCUCAGCCGAGCACCCAGAAGCCUUCGACUGCCAAGCCAACUAUCGGAAGUACCUCAACAGCUCAGCCUAGCACCCAGAAGCCUUCGACUGCCAAGCCGACAGUUGGAAGUACCUCAACUGCUCAGCCUAGCACCCAGAAGCCUUCGACUGCCAAGCCAACUAUCGGAAGUACCUCAACAGCUCAGCCUAGCACCCAGAAGCCAUCGACUGCAAAGCCAACUAUCGGAAGCACAACUACAGCUCAGCCAAGCACCCAGAAGCCUUCGACUGUAAAGCCAACAGUUGGAAGCACAACUACAGCUCAGCCAAGCACCCAGAAGCCCUCGACUGCCAAGCCGACAGUUGGAAGUACCCCAACAGCUCAGCCUAGCACCCAGAAGCCUUCGACUGCCCAGCCAACAGUUGGAAGCACAUCAACAGCUCAGCCUAGCACCCAGAAGCCUUCGACUGCCAAGCCGACAGUUGGAAGUACCUCAACAGCUCAGCCUAGCACCCAGAAGCCUUCGACUGCCAAGCCGACAGUUGGAAGUACCUCAACAGCUCAGCCUAGCACCCAGAAGCCUUCGACUGCCAAGCCGACAGUUGGAAGUACCUCAACAGCUCAGCCUAGCACCCAGAAGACUUCGACUGCAAAGCCGACAGUUGGAAGUACCUCAACAGCUCAGCCUAGCACCCAGAAGCCUUCGACUGCCAAGCCAACUAUCGGAAGUACCUCAACAGCUCAGCCGAGCACCCAGAAGCCUUCGACUGCAAAGCCGACAGUUGGAAGUACCUCAACAGCUCAGCCUAGCACCCAGAAGCCUUCGACUGCCAAGCCAACUAUCGGAAGUACCUCAACAGCUCAGCCUAGCACCCAGAAGCCUUCGACUGCCAAGCCGACAGUUGGAAGUACCUCAACAGCUCAGCCGAGCACCCAGAAGCCUUCGACUGCAAAGCCGACAGUUGGAAGUACCUCAACAGCUCAGCCUAGCACCCAGAAGCCUUCGACUGCCAAGCCAACUAUCGGAAGUACCUCAACAGCUCAGCCUAGCACCCAGAAGCCUUCGACUGCCAAGCCGACAGUUGGAAGCACAACUACAGCUCAGCCAAGCACCCAGAAGCCUUCGACUGCCAAGCCGACAGUUGGAAGUACCUCAACAGCUCAGCCGAGCACCCAGAAGCCUUCGACUGCCAAGCCAACAGUUGGAAGCACAACAACAGCUCAGCCAAGCACCCAGAAGCCUUCGACUGUAAAGCCAACAGUUGGAAGCACAACAACAGCUCAGCCGAGCACCCAGAAGCCUUCGACUGCCAAGCCAACUAUCGGAAGUACCUCAACAGCUCAGCCUAGCACCCAGAAGCCUUCGACUGCCAAGCCAACAGUUGGAAGCACAACAACAGCUCAGCCAAGCACCCAGAAGCCUUCGACUGUAAAGCCAACAGUUGGAAGCACAACUACAGCUCAGCCGAGCACCCAGAAGCCUUCGACUGCCAAGCCAACUAUCGGAAGUACCUCAACAGCUCAGCCUAGCACCCAGAAGCCUUCGACUGCAAAGCCGACUGUUGGAAGCACAACUGUAGCUCAGCCAAGCACCCAGAAGCCUUCGACUGCCAAGCCGACAGUUGGAAGUACUUCAACAGCUCAGCCUAGCACCCAGAAGACUUCGACUGCAAAGCCGACAGUUGGAAGUACCUCAACAGCUCAGCCUAGCACCCAGAAGCCUUCGACUGCCAAGCCAACUGUCGGAAGUACCUCGACUGCCAAGCCAACAGUUGGAAGCACAACUACAGCUCAGCCAAGCACCCAGAAGCCUUCGACUGUAAAGCCAACAGUUGGAAGCACAACUACAGCUCAGCCGAGCACCCAGAAGCCUUCGACUGCCAAGCCAACUAUCGGAAGUACCUCAACAGCUCAGCCUAGCACCCAGAAGCCUUCGACUGCCAAGCCGACAGUUGGAAGCACAACUACAGCUCAGCCAAGCACCCAGAAGCCUUCGACUGCCAAGCCAACAGUGGGAAGUACCUCAACAAUUAAGCCAACGAGUGAAAAGCCAUCCUCCACCACGGCUAGUAAGCCAAGCAGUCCGACACCACCCACGCGAAGGCCAAGCAGGCCAAGCACCAUAUCUACUAGAUCGACCAGUCCAGAUUCGUCGACUAUAAAUCCAACUUUACCGAGCUCCACCACAAAUAGACCAAGCCGUAUGACACCACCCACGCGAAGACCAAGCAGACCAAGCACCAUAUCCACUAGAUCGACAAGUCACGAUUCUUCAACUACAAAGCCAACUUUACCGAGUUCCACCACAAAUAGACCAAGCCGUAGGACACCACCAACGCGAAGGCCAAGCACCAUAUCCACUAGAUCGACCAGUCCAGAUUCUUCGACUAUAAAUCCAACUUUACCGAGCUCCACCACAAAUAGACCAAGCCGUAGGACACCACCCACGCAAAGGCCAAGCAGACCAAGCACCAUAUCCACUAGAUCGACCAGUCCAGAUUCGUCGACUAUAAAUCCAACUUUACCGAGUACAUCCGAAUCCUUACCACCUUUUAAUAUUUUUUAGGUGUGUUUAGGAAAGCGAUUUUUGUACUCUACCAAGAUAGAUUCUAUGAGCUUUUUGACCGAAAGCAAAAUUAAAUUGAUAUAGAGCCCAUAUUAUUUUAACAUCAUCUGACAGCGUCAAUUCUUUGUAUGCUAUUAAACUUGUUUGAAAUUGUUA